AUGAGGCGGCGGCGGAGCUGCCAGGCAGGGAACCUGCCCCGAGGAUGGGAGGAGGGGUUCUCGGAGGAGGGAGCCAGCUACUUCAUCGACCAUAAUCAACAGACCACAUCAUUUAGACAUCCUGUGACAGGACAGGUUUCUCCAGAAAAUAUUGAAUUUAUUUUGCGAGACGAGCAGAAUUCAUCUAUGUCAAAGCAACAAAUAAACCAAAGACCUUCAAGUAUGGUCAGUGAAGCAUCCACUGCAGUAACUACAUCUACUGUUGAUACAAAGCCUUCUUCUAAGGCUGUGAAAGCUGGAAGCAAAGUUCAUAGCUUUGGAAAGAGGGACCAAGCAAUCAGGAGGAAUCCUAAUGUUCCUGUUAUAGUAAGAGGCUGGUUACACAAACAGGAUAGCUCUGGAAUGAGAUUAUGGAAAAGACGGUGGUUUGUGCUUGCUGAUUAUUGUUUGUUUUACUACAAAGACAGCAGAGAAGAAUCUGUUUUGGGUAGCAUACCGUUGCCUAGUUACGUAAUAUCUCCUGUUGGACCUGAAGAUCGCAUAAAUCGGAAAUUUUCUUUUAAGGCUGUUCACACAGGAAUGAGGGCUUAUAUUUACAAUAAGAAUUCUGUCAUUGGCUCUCAGGCAGAGCAUUCAGGGAUGCGGACAUACUACUUCAGUGCAGAUACUCAGGAGGACAUGAAUGGUUGGAUCCGAGCUAUGAAUCAAGCUGCCCUUAUGCAAACACGCUCUUCACUGAAAAGAGGAAGUGAAAAAGCAGAUCAGCAAGCUGUUCCCCAAGCGAAUCACGUGGAUGCCUGUGAAGAGCUUGCGAAGGCAGACAUUUCAGAUUUAAAAGAAAGUUAUAAAAAAUCAGCAGAAACAUUUGGAUAUGAUGAUCGUGAAGAGAUAAGAAGAGAAAAAGAGGAGGAGCGUUACAUCCACCGAAAAGAAACUCUGGAAGCCAAGAAAGGAAAGGCCAAGCAUGCAUUAACAGAAGCUGAUUCAUUAUUUCCAGAUAUAACGAGUGCACCCCGGGCCCAAGGAGCUCAGCCCCAGCCUGUUGAGAAGAAUGGGACGCUUCCCAGCUCAUUAACUCGGAGUGCUGGUCUAGCGGAGCAGAAUGGGACCGGCUCUUAUAAAAGAGGGUUUGUUCCCAGAACAAAUCCAGAUAAACAGAUUCAGAGAAAAAGCAACAUGGCUCAAGUGGAGCACUGGGUAAAGGUCCAAAAAGGAGAUACAAAGAGCCUCGCUUCUGAUCAGACUCUUACACGCCAGGGUCCCAAUCCUCCUCUGUCUCUUCCUGAGAACUAUCACACCUUGCCAAAGAACACCAGGCAGCCUUCAGGGAGUUCUUCCCCGCCACCAAACCGCAAUUUGCCGAGUGACUACAAAUAUGCUCAAGACCGUGUUAGCCACUUGAAGAUGUCGCAGGAGGAAAGGAAAGCAAAUAAGGACGGAACUGUUUGGCAGCUGUAUGAAUGGCAACAGAGGCAGCAGUUUAAACACGGCAGCCCCACUGCCCCGCUUUAUGCAGGCUUCCCAGACUUUGUUGACCGUGGAAAGUCAAAAAGUUCAUUGGAUGUUCCACGGUCAAUAUCUGUCCCACCAUCUCCAUCUGAUAUUCCUCCGCCUGGACCUCCGAAAAGCUUUCCACCCAGGAGACCCCACACUCCUGCAGAGAGGCUCACAGUUAAACCAUCCGAUGAGAGACAGACUGUAGACGUCCCUUUUGCUGGAUCACCCAGGAAGAUUCGAAAUCAAGCUGUAAAGGGCUCAACCCACAUUGACCGGCGCUCCAUGCCAGCCAUGGGCUACAUGACCCAUACUGUAAGCGCACCCAGUUUGCAUGGCAAGUCGCCUGAAGAGCUAACAUUGCUUCUCAUUCGAUUAAGGAGACAUCAGGCUAAGUUGGCUAGUAUAAGAAAUUACACAAUCGCACAGUUACUGCAGCACUUGCCAACUAAUUCCACCUAUCAGGCUGAUGACACUUACAUCCAGUUGAAAAAGGAUUUGGAGUAUCUGGAUCUAAAGAUAGAAAAUAAUGGACCUCUGAUCAACAUGAUUUACAAAGUGCUAAAGAACUCAGCACAAGGGUUACUAUCCAGUAUACAUGUGACGGGGCGUGACACACUAAAAGAACGAAGUACAAAACCUGUCAAGAUUGCAGAAAGUGAUAUUGAUGUCAAGCUAAGUGUUUUCUGUGAGCAGGACAGAAUUCUACAGGACUUGGAAGACAAAAUAAGAGCCCUGAAGGAAAAUAAAGAUCAGCUGGAGUCUGUCUUGGAGGUUUUACACAGACAGAUGGAACAGUACAAAGACCAACCACAACAUGCAGAAAAGAUAUCUUACCAGCAGAGACUUUUGCAAGAGGAUCUCAUACGUAUUCGGGCUGAAAUAUCCAAAGUUUCAACUGAAAUGGAAAAUGCCUGGAAUGAAUAUCUGAAACUAGAAAAGGAUGUGAACCAGCUGAAGCGAGCCUUGCAGGAGCAGAUGAACAGUUCCCUUGUGGCUCAGGAGAAGACACAAAUACAAAAAGACUUAUGGAGGAUUGAAGAUGUUAUAGCUGGCUUGAGUGUAAAUAAAACUAAUUACAAAACCAUAGUAGAAUCAAUCAAGAAUCCAGAGAGAAAAAUAGUGCCUUCGUUUUCCCAGCCUACAGUGCCUUCCUUACCAACUUCUCUGAAAACUGUGGAGAACAAAGUUUCCAUUCCGCAAAGUCCUCCAUCUAGUCCUCUUAAAUCCUCUGUGGAAGUCAGGCUAUAUCCACAGCCUUAUUUCCAGGCUAAAACACAGCAGCAAACACAGCAGCUGAAAAAAAUCGAACCCCCUGUUCAGUCACCAGUUAAGCUAAUGCCAAAGGUUGAAGAUGAAGCACCACCCAGACCUCCUCUCCCCCAGCUGUACAGUCCUGAUGAUCAGCCACCAGCUGUUCCACCGCUGCCGAGAGAAGCCACUGUCAUCAGACACACAUCAGUGCGGGGCCUGAAGCGUCAGUCAGAUGAGAGAAAGAGAGACAGAGAACUAGGACAGUAUGUAAAUGGCGAUUACAGGGUAGAACUGCGCUCAUACAUGAGUGAACCAGAACUAGCAACAUUAAGUGGGGACCUCAGCCAGCCUUCCAGUGGUUUAAUAACCUCAGACAGUGGAUACCAGACGCUACCUACCCGUGGUUUAUCUGGGUCUACUUCCAGAUUGCACCAAUCAUCUACCAUUUCAUCAUAUGCAACACUUCGAAGGGAUAGGUCCAAGGAGAGACCAAAGAGUGCCUUGGAACGUUUGUACUCUGGAGACCACCAAAGAGGCCGGAUGAGUGCGGAAGAGCAGCUGGAGAGAAUGAAGCGCCAUCAGAAGGCUUUAGUUCGUGAACGCAAGAGGACUCUGAGCCAAGGAGAGAGGCAGUCUGUUCCAUCUCGGUCUUUCAGCAGGCCCAUUUCUGCAGACCUAGGCUCAUGGAAACGAGAGCAAGAAUUUGAUUUGCAGUUACUGGAGAGAGUAGUUCGUGGAGAAGACAAGGAUGAAAAUAGCUGGUUAAAAGUUCAGCCAGUGGCUGUAACAGAAACAGAUCUGGAGCCUCAAGAUUAUGAUUUGGAUAUCGGCAGAGAGUUGUCAAAACCCGAGAAGGUUGCGAUUCCAGAGCGCUAUGUUGAGCUGGAGCCAGAAGAACCUCUUUCUACUGAAGAGCUGGCAGCAAGGCAGCGUAAAGCAGAAAAAAUAAAGAAUAUUCUUACUAAAUCAAGUAUGCACAAUCUGCAGCCUACUCUUGUCCAGGACAAACACAACUCGGUUGAUUUAGAUUCACAGUUGCAAGAGCAGGAACGCAUCAUUACCAUAUCAUACGCUUUGGCUUCUGAAGCCUCUCAGAAGAGCAAGGAAGUAGCAGCUCAGCAGUUGACCUAUCCAUCUAAAGCACCCUCACCUUCUGUACCACAACCACCUCACUCUCCCUUAAGCAAUGGAUUUCACUACACAUUUGUCUAAACACCUUAAAAGUAAGAACUAACUGCUCUUGGCAUGUCUGAUUUGCCAUUGUGUCUUUGCUAUGACUUGCUGAAUUUUAACGUCUUAACUAGCCCUAAAUUAGAUCCAAAUGUAUGCAUGCAUGUGUUUUCAGAAAGCAGAAAAUGUUGUUAGUGUGUAGUAAAUAACUGCUUCUAAUGAGCUAACACGUGAGCUAAUAAAG